CAACAAACUCAACAGAAGAAAAGAAAAUCUCGGUUCCAAAAGCAUUUACGAAAACCACAAUCAUUCAAUAGUUAUUUAUUACGUCGUUCUAAUUCCACUUCAUCGACUUCAUCUUGCGAAAGUUCUGUUCGACGCAUUUCUUCAACAAUUCGCUUCGCUGGUCUAUUGGAUGGAAAUCUUCUCCAUGAUGACGUUAGCAGUGUUAGUUAUUCUUCCAGUAAUAACAGUGCUGAUGAUUGGGAUCCACGUGAUGAUGAAGAUGAGGAGGAGGAAGACUUCUUUUAUAAUAACGGAGAUAACAACAGCCAUCGUUGCUAA